AUGUCUGAGGAAUUCGAUCUACGAAGAGAGAAGCUAUUGGAGUUGAAUGUGGCGGCAUGGGAUGGAGACCUUUACGAACCUGAAGGUCCAAUUGAUGCAAGUUUGAAAAAGAAUUCAGGAUUUCUCAAAAAAGUCAGAACAAAUCUGAACAAAGAAGGUGAAGCGUCACUGAUACAGGACAUCAAAUCUUUGUCUUUGACCAGAUACCUCCCGGAGUUGACAUCAGUCGUUGCAGAAGCUCUCACAAAAUGCUCGAGGAAUGCAGACGUUUAUGCCGCUGUGGAAGUAGUUUCGCUAUUGCACCGCAGGUUCGGGGCCCAGUUCACCAACAAUCUAACGCUUUACCUCUUGCACGGUAUUGCUAACCCUUCUGAAAGGGACGCGGUGCUCUCCGAAACUGAUGAAGAGGCAAGACUCGCUAGACAGCGCAUUUUAGGGAGACUUUUGAUGGAGUUCUAUACCUGUGGAGUGAUACGAGACGAUAUGGAUAUAUCAAAGUCAGACCUGCCGGACUUCGUCACCAAGAGAAAGGAUAGCGAUGGACUGAUUAUGGUGGUUGUUCUGAAGGAGGUGCUCUCCUAUAGUCUGAAGUCAGGAGUGACCAUACCUUUCGCAACUGGAUUCCUGAAAAAGUUUGUUGGUUACUUGGAAGCAGAUGAUAACAGGUUUUUACAAAAUAAGGUCAAACUGCAGAUACUAAAGGCGUUUAGAAUCUAUACCAACGCCAUAUGGGUUCGGGCGGAAUACCAUAAUAUAUCGGUACAGAGACUCAAGAAAAAAAUUGCUAAAAUCUCGAUAAGAAUUGGCAAAGUUCCUGAGGAGGAAACAAUUGAAUUGAAAGAGAACACCGACAAGUUCGAGACGUUCAAGACCGGUGCUGAUACCCUCAUGAAACUGCUGGAGAUGCCAGUACCGGAGUACAGCGUCGUGGUUGAAGAAGAGGAAGUUCCGGAGGUGGAUGAAGAAACUCAAAAGAAGAUAUGGGAUAACGAUGUUGACCGGAAGUUUUACACUGUUCUUCCAGAUAUGAGGGACACCUUCUCUGACGAAGUUCUCGCGACAACCACCAGUGAUGCCUCUGAGAUCACUGAUGGAAAGGGCAAGGCUAUGGACAAAAUAUUGAUGAAAUUCGACUCAUGCAAGUCUGGAGAAGAUGUGGAUAGGAUCAGUGUCCAAUUCUGGAAAGCAGGACUCAACAAUAACCGUUCAAAAAUGAGGCUAUCGCACCAUUUCCUGAGUGUGACGUCUUUCUCCCAAGUUCCGUACUUCGUGAGAUUUGCAGCGAUCAACAGAGAGUUUUUGCCCAAUCUCAUAGAGGAUAUUGUUGCUGUGGUAGACAAGAAUUUGCGAGGCCAAUUGACACAUGCUGGACUGAAUCUUUUGAUUGUGAACUUCUUUUGCGAAAUGGUGCUGUUCAAACUUGUGCCUAUCCACAUUCUGUUCCACAAGAUCCGUUUUCUCAUCAAACAUCUAUACAUUCCAUCGAACCUGGAUUUCCUUUUCACUGUGUUUGACAGAUGUGGUCAGAUUCUUCUUUAUGACCCGCUUUACAAGUCCAAGACCGAGGAAAUGGUUGAGAUGAUGACCACGAGUUGUCAAUCGGACUCAAUAACCCCAAACGACAGAUUGGCACUUUCGUCUCUUCUCCUUGGGCUGAGGCCUCCAACCCUUAACAACCCUGAAACCAAAAAACGAGCGAGAUCCACCGAGGAGCAAUUCAUUCGUCACCUGGUGAGGACGGAAUAUAACGGGGAUAAUAUCUCAGAGGUUUAUUCGCAACUAGCAUCGCUCGAUUGGAAUGACGCCAAAAAAGCCAAAAUGUUCGUGGAAACGUUACGUUUGAUGUUCACGAAACCCCACAAGAUCAAUUAUAAUAAUAUCCAGAACCUGGCGAACCUUCUGCACUUGAUCCCAUCCAAACCCUUGAGAGUGUAUGUGGUUGACAGCGUGGUGGAGUCGAUUGUGAGAUCUCUGGAGGUGAACGAUGUCCGUGAGAACAGAGUGAGAUUGGCGUAUAUCAAGUACUUUGCAGCUUUGUUCAACACCGGAGAAGUGACGAGUGCAACUUUCAACUCCAUUCUAUACAAGCUAGUCUACCUGGGUCAUCCUGAUAACUCUCCCUCUGUUAACCACCCAACCGAGAUUGAUUCCCCAGACGACUAUUUCAGAAUUCACUUGGUUUCUCUGUUGCUGACAGCAACUGACCUGACACGGCUGAAAGGAACCAAGUAUGAAAAAAGCCUCACGACGUUCUAUAGCUUCUUCGAUUACUAUACUUUCACCAAGGAGCAACCCAUACCGUUGGAAACGUCCUUCAAGCUGGCGGAAAUGCGUGACGACCCAAAUGUCAAGUUUUCAAGAUCUGCGAAUCUCGAAAAAAGUAUCCAGAGACUUCAAGCGGCGAUGUCUCACAAUGGUCUUGGUUCUUCUGAGCUGGAUGAGGAGGACGCCAGAGAAGCUGUGGACGCCGAAAGCGCGGACAUGGAGGAUGAGGCCCUGAAAGCCCAAGAACAAGCGCAUAAGGCAGCAUUGGACCUUUAUGAAAGAGACAAGCUCGCCAAGGAACAGAUUGAGAAAGCGAAGAAUUCGCUAGAGGCCAGGAACCAACGGGCUGAAGAGGAAAUGGAACGUGAGUUCGAAAACAUGAUGCUGGAGGAGAGUUCGAGGUCACAAAGUGCAAAAGUACGCGUAGAGCUGCCAACAGUAGCGACUAGCCAAAGAAAUGUUGAAGGUAUGAACAGGACGGGUGUCAAGUUCACACUGGUGAGCAGAAACAACAAGAAACAGGCCACCACCAGGGACAUUGUUCUACCUGAAGAUAGCAAGUUUGCUUCUGCGAUGGUUGAGAAAACUUUGAUGAAACAGAAAGAACAGGAAGUUCUCAGAAGAGUGGCCUUGAAUUCGUUAGAUUAUACGUGA